CUUAUUUUUUACCCUCAAGCUUAAAUGGCUGUUUGGCAGCAGAGAUUAAGGUUAGAGAUUACUUCUGAGUUGCAGUGCCGCGGCGGAUGCGAUUGUAUCUGAAGAUCUUUUCUUCCGAAAAGGUGAUCAGGUUGAGGGCCUUCAGUGUAAUUUGGACUCUAGCUAGACUUGGUGGCGAGGUCUCAAUAUUCAAUAAAGCUAUUGGUUUUUCAGUUCUUGAAAAUGGCAACGGGUCUAAUAUGGGCAACCACAGAAGACUUGGCGCGCAACAGAGGGAGAGUCCUCUCUCUCUAUCGUCAAUUGCUGAGAAGCCUUAAUUCUCCCAAGCUGCCACUAAACUUAGCAGCGAGAUUGGCCAAAAAAGCAGAGCUCCGUACUAUCUUCAUGCUAGGUUCUGAGGAGCAUUCCCUCCACAACAUUGCCGAUCUCAUUGAUGGUGCUGAGUACUCUCUCUCCCUUCUAAAGAAAGGUGAAAUCCCCAAAUACAUCCAAUGAUUGAAUGUCUCCAUUGGACAGUUAGCAUCUCAACAAGAGGAAGAGGAAGAGGAUGAGGAGGAAGGAGGGGGAAAAACCAUUUUCAUAAACCUAACGAGGAAGAAAGCAGGAAAGCCAGUUAAUGAAUUUAGAGCAUAUCCCUUUUUGGUAAUUUGGGAUUAUAGAGAAACGGAAAGCAAAAAGAUACUUGCAGAAUCUCAAAGGCCCUAUUUGGAGAGUUUGACAAUUCCCACAAGAAUAAAAAGAGUAAGCCUAACAUUUUCUACUGACAAAUAAGGAGCAUCCCAUCUUGCUAGCAUCUAUUAAGAAGCUCUAACUCUGAAUGCUUUCAUAAGAGCUACACCAAUCUUUCGUCUUGACGAUUAGGAGUAAUUGGUGGAAUUUUUUAGUACCAACAACUUUCCUACAAACCAGAUCCUUCAAUCAUUCUCAAACAGGUUGAGUACUGGAUUUCGAAUGGACCAACACAAUAUGUGCAUCUCAGGUGAUAUCUUAUAUCUCCCAAAACAACAUUCUCACCCCUCCCCCUCGUAGGAGAAUUAUCCGUAUAAUCACAAGUGUCACAGAUAAUACUAAAAAUAUGGCUGCAUGGGCAAUUAGUUUUGUUUUUCAAAUGAAAUGCAUCUUAUGUCAGGCAAAUUACUUGUUGACGGGAUAAAAUGUUGAGGCGGCUGCUGUAGGUCUUCUCGAAGGACUGACGAAAGUGAGGAAUAUGAACGGGUUGGUGGAUCUGGUUUGGAGCAACUAAAAGGAAAUUGGAAUGUUUUCUUAAAGAAACUAUGAACAUUUGCUAAUCUUAUGGCCUAGGACCUUAAUAUUACUACAUUUAGAGAUGGAUAACCAUCCUAACUAUUCCAAUUUUUGUAUUAAAACUAACAAUAAGAUAUGUGGGGGAGCUUAAAUCUAUAGCCAAGGAAGCUAUGACAAGAAAACAAUCGAUCUAUAAGUUGGAUAUGAUGUAUAUUUUACAGCACUCUUGUUAAUC